AUGAAAUUCUUCGUUAUUUUAGGACUUUUGGCAGCUGUCCUAAGUUUUGCAGCUGCGGGAGAUUAUAAUAAAGGAUUGGAAGAAGCUAAAGAAGCUUACCCAGAUGUUAUUCAAGGUACUCCAGAAGUUAUUACGGUUGAAUUUGAUAAUGGGGUCUUCAUGGAUUUAGGGAAAAACAUCACACCAACAGAAACGAAAAACCAACCCAAAGUAGAUUGGAAUGCUGACAAAGAUUCUUACUACACUUUGGUAGUUGUUGAUCCAGAUGGACCAUCCCGAGAGGAUAAUUAUAUGAGAGAUAUUCUAACUUGGUUGGUUGGAAAUAUUCCUGGAAAAGAUAUUGCAGCAGGCGAUGUUUUAUAUGAAUAUGUUAGUGCUGCUCCACCAAAAGAUAUGGGCAUGAACCGAUAUUUUUAUUUCAUCUUCAAGCAGUUAAGCAAAUUGGUAUUUGAUGAGAAACGAGUCGAUAGAUACACAAUUGAUGGACGUAUUAAUUUUUCACUUAAAAAUUUUACUAUUAAAUAUGAAUUGGGUAGUCCAGUUGGAUUUAAUUUCGAUACAACCUAUUGGGAUCAACAGUCGAAUGAUCUUUACAAGCAGCUAAAUUGUUGUGAAAGUUUGAUGUGA